GACCAACAGGAAGUACUGGGAUUGGUAGCCAGAAAAAAAGACUGUUUUUAGAGAGAGGAAACUAAAGACAUUAAAAAGCCAUGACGAGGGUGUGCAUAGUUAUAAUCAGAACCAUGAGCAAGUAGUGAAGGAACUUCCAGCUGAAAGAAGGGACUGAUGUGAAAAGAUCACAGGCGAGAGCGGAGGAACAAAACCUAAAUGGAUGAAUAAGGCUUUUUAAUGAACUCCCUCUCAGUUCCAGCUGCUCCUAUCUCACUUCAAGCCCUGUCAGAAGAAAAUCUCUUGACCACGGUUAACCCAAUUCAGACUGUUCCUAAAGAAGAUGCUGCAAGAAAACAUAUGGCUACUUUCCCUGGCAAUUGUUACAUCUGUAACUACUGCAGAUGUCUCCUAUUAUAACUGUGCCUGUGAAGGUGAAAGCUGCCGGGGAAAGACCUGUGUUGGAAGGGCAUGUUUUGUGACCGAGGAACUACUGUUUGACUCUAGAAAAAUCCACAGAGUCCGAGGCUGCUUUAAUUACCAUGUCAUCGAGCAGUGCAGCGGCAAGACAGAAAUCACACGGGUGGAGUGCUGCUAUGCUAAUUACUGCAAUCAGAAUGUUACCAUCUUCACUCUAGAGAAAGCGGUAGAGAUAAACCUCAUACUGGUGAUUGUCCUCCCAGUAGUUCUGUUCCUGAUUCUCCUAAUGGUCUUCGCAUUCUUGUUCUGGAAAUUGAAGGAAAGCAGCCGGAAAAAAUCCUUGGCUAGACUGAUUGAUUUUGGAAAUAUAGACAUUGUUAAUGCAUCAACUGUUGGUGACAGCACUUUAGGGGAUCUUCUAGAUGACAAUUGUACGACUGGCAGUGGCUCUGGGCUCCCAUUUCUUGUGCAGCGGACUGUGGCUCGUCAAGUUACACUGCUGAAAUGUGUAGGUAAAGGGCGAUACGGGGAAGUAUGGAGAGGCACGUGGCAGGGGGAGAAUGUGGCUGUUAAGAUUUUUUCUUCUCGAGACGAACAGUCUUGGUUUAGAGAAACUGAAAUAUACAACACUGUUUUGCUGCGUCAUGAAAAUAUUUUGGCCUUUAUUGCAUCUGAUAUGACGUCUCGGAACUCCAGCACACAGCUUUGGCUAAUCACGCACUACUAUGACAAUGGGUCUUUAUAUGACUAUCUCCAGAGGACGACUAUUGAUCCUGAAGAAUGCUUGCAGUUAGCGGUGUCCAUUAUCUGUGGGUUGGUGCACCUUCACGUGGAGAUAUUUGGCACCCAAGGAAAACCUGCCAUCGCACACAGAGACCUGAAGAGCAGGAACAUCCUAGUAAAGGCCAACAAACAAUGCUGCAUUGCAGACCUAGGCCUUGCUGUGGUACACUCUCAGAAUGGGGAUUACCUUGAUAUUGGUAAUAACCCGCGAGUUGGCACCAAACGUUACAUGGCACCUGAAGUCCUGGAUGAAACCAUACGCACAGAUUCAUUUGAAUCAUACAAACAGACAGAUGUAUGGGCGUAUGGAUUAGUGUUGUGGGAAAUAUGUAGAAGAACAAUUAUAAAUGGCAUGGUGGAAGACUACAAGCCUCCAUUCUUUGACAUGGUUCCACAUGACCCAAGUUUUGAGGACAUGAAGAAAGUCGUUUGCGUUGACCAACAGAGACCAAAUAUCCCUAACACUUGGCAUUUACACAAAGUUUUAUCAGAACUUACAAAGACCAUGAGAGAAUGCUGGUUUCAGAGUCCAUCAGCAAGACUUACUGCUCUGAGGAUUAAGAAAACAUUAAACAACCUGAAAAAUUCAUUAGAUCAAAGAUCAACAAUUUCUAUGAACAACCUUAAAACACAUGACUGAAAUGAAGCCACAGGAGAAAAUGUUUGUGGCACAUUUUUCUUUAUAGUGGGCAUCACUGCCUGUAAUAUGUUCCAGAAUUGAAAGUACAGUUUUGAAGACAAUGCCAAAUGCUCAGUUUUAUAUAACUACAAAUAUACCAGCUUUUGACCAGUAUGGCACUGGCAGUGAUAGAUAGGCCAGAUUAUUAUGGUGACCAGUUCUACUAGCUGCAAAUAAGUCCUUUUUCUCAGCCAUUCAACUUAUCUCUUUGAACGUAAGUUCUCCACACAGCUGGCAAAUAAAUUGCAUGAGUACAGUAUACUGUAUGUUCUAAAGCAAAUCCAUAUUACAUGUCACUCUAGCAGCAAAGUCAGAAAGGUGUAUCCAAUAUCAGUUGACAUUUUAACAUCGAGAGACUUAUGUUGUGAAUAUCUGGCAGCAGAUGUGAGAACAGUAUCAGUGAUGGUCCAUUUGGCUGCAUCAUCAGCUUCAUAAUUACAGCAUUGCACAUUUAGCUUACACAGCACUUGUACAGUGCACAGUGAUGACACAGGUUCCUAUUGAAUUGAUGGUCUGCAGUCUCACGAAUAUUGGUAUAGAUUAUAACAUGGCUGCCUCCAAUUUGUGUAAGUGGUAUGUCCACUUUUUGAGCACAUAGUGUGAGUAUAUAACAAAGUCCUUCCAAAUGUACAAUGCUCAGCUACACAUACUGUAUAUGGGUGUGAUAUGCCGACAGUGGAGAUGCCGGCAGUCACAUCACUGACCAAGGCAUCCUGACUUUUAGAAUGCAGACAUGGGACGGGGUAAUAAGUUUACCCCUGCCCUGCCACCUACCCUAACCCGCCUGAGGUGGCGGCUAGGGAUAAGAUAAUGGGAGGCCUUCCGGGGGUCACCUGACCGACAGUAUCCUGUGCACCGGGAUGCUAACCGCAUCCCCUGUAUAUAAGUAAAAUGUGCUUCCGUUUCAACCACAAUAAUUAUAUAAUUACAGAGCAAGAGGUUCUCAGAGAAAUCAGCAAUUAUUCUGUAUUCUAGUAAACAGAAUCAUUUAUUUUUAUAAAAUACUCAUUUCAUAAAGAACAAAACUGUGUGAGGUGUAAAAUAUCUCAUGACCUGCAUUCGUCAGACAAUUGUAUAUUUGUCAAACAAAAAAAUAAGCUGGGAAACAAUUAGGUGCUCUUAAAUUAUAUAAAUAUAUUGAAAGGAAAAUAACUGUUAGUUCACAAUGAAAUAAGCUGCGGAAUAGGGGAACACACCUAAAACUCCCCCUUAAAAUAUAAACCAAAAAUGUAUAUAUACAGUAAAUAUAAAUGAGAGAAAAUUCUGCACUGUAUAAACACUGGGUGUAUUAUAUAUAACUCUGCAAUAUGUAGAGAACGGCACAAUAAAAAGUAUAUAUAUUAAUUUAUUUCAUUAUAUAUUCAUAAUAUUAACCAAUAAAAAUCAAUUAAAUAUCACACAUCAUAAAAAUUGUAAAAACAUAGAGAAAUAUCACUGGACCUAAAUAUAUGGAGAUAUUCUGAUAUUCAAAAAAUAAAAGUCUCUUGGAGAAAGUGAAACAAACCCCAGUGGUAAUAUCUGUAAUGAUCCUGGGGAACUGAUAUAAUUAUUUAUAGUUACCAUUAUUUAUUAUAUUGGUUUCCCAGGAUCAUUACAGAUAUUCCCAUUCGGGUUUUGAAUGUUGAAUGUUUCAGCCAAAACUCUCUUUAUGACCUGUGUUCUUGGUCCUUAUACAAAGUCCUGAUCACAAUAAGGAGAACUGAGGGCCAAGGGGUUUAUUUAGAAGUUAUCAGAGUUAAAAACAAUUUGAAUUUUCUGAGGCUUAUCAGCGAUUCUGCGAGGUGAUUUAAAGCAGCAAUUAUUUAAAAAGGCAAUACGCACUCCAAAUGAAGAACUAACCCUUUGUGAGAUGGACACUUUUGUUGUAUGUACUAAUCCAACAGUAGUCUUUUGCCAUUGGGAUCUUAGUCCAUGCAAGUAAUUUUCUCUUUUAAGGCUGGUCUGUACAUUGUUCAUGUUAAUCCCAUUUUAAAAUACAGUUGGCUGUGUCUGGGGGCAUCCAUUAAUAAUGUAGACUCAAUCGAUCUCACUUCAAAAUUAUAUAAAAUGUGAUUUUGGUAGCUGAAAUGCAGACAGAUAAAUAAACCAGAUCCAGGCUAUUGAGGAUAAAAUGGAUAGAUAAAUCAAUUACAAGUCAACAAUUUUACAUUUACCUUUUGCUUACAGAAGCUGCCGUUAAAAUACAUAUUCACUUUGUUUUGAUUUUUGCUCACUUCAGCACCUGUCAUGUCCCAUAGGGGCAGUGUUUCUAAAAACAGUAUUAGUUAUCUAGUAUUAGAUACACAAAUUUGAAUAGCUUUCUAAUUUAUACUGCAAAUGUAUAUGUUAUUAUUUACUUAUUUUAAAGAAUAUUAAAAUCAUUUACAACAUU